AUGCUCCAGAACGAGAUCAGCAUGUGCACAGGCGAACAACGCGACAACAUGCUCGCGGAGCUAGGUUUGUCGUCCCACCCAGAGCUGUUGCCACAUCUCACGGGCCAGUUUCGAGAGGGUAGUGAAGAAGCGGAUGCGGCUGGGGCGUUUGAACGCCAGGAGGAGAUGUUAAGGGAGGCGAUGCUAAAAGGGCAGGUGCAUGUGAUGCCGGCUAUGAAGAAGUUGGAGAAGGCGGAGAAACGCACCGUGUAUAGAACAAAGCAGGGCCGGCUUGCAUAG